GGAGCCUGUGAAUUAGCAGACUUCGGGCUCCUGGAGGAUAGUCCACGUCUACUCUUGAGGAUCCUCUCCCCGGACUCGGCGCACAGCAACACCCUUAAUGAUCAUCCUCUGCAGGGCAGGUGUGAGAAGAUUGCAGGUACAUUACAAUCAUGGUGCAGAAAUACCAGUCCCCCGUGAGGGUGUACAAACACCCCUUCGAGCUGAUUAUGGCCGCCUACGAAAGGAGGUUCCCCACGUGCCCGCUGAUCCCGAUGUUUGUGGACAGUGACACUGUGAAUGAAUUCAGGAGUGAGGACGGGGCCAUUCACAUCAUAGAAAGACGCUGCAAAUUGGACAUAGACGCACCCCGGCUGCUGAAAAAGAUUGCGGGAGUUGACUAUGUUUAUUUCGUCCAGAAAAACUCACUGAAUUCCCGGGAGCGCACUUUGCACAUUGAGGCCCAUAAUGAGACGUUUGCUAACCGGGUCAUCAUUAAGGAGCACUGCUGCUACACCGUUCACCCUGAAAAUGAAGAUUGGACCUGUUUCGAACAGUCUGCAAGCUUAGAUAUUAAAUCUUUCUUUGGUUUUGAAAGUACAGUGGAGAAAAUUGCAAUGAAACAAUAUACCAGCAACAUUAAAAAAGGAAAGGAAAUAAUUGAGUACUACCUUCACCAGCUGGAGGAGGAGGGCAUCACCUUCGUGCCCCGCUGGACUCCGCCGCCCCUGGCGCCCUCUGCGGAGACGGCCGCGUCGUGCAGGAAGCGAGCCGCGUCGCUGGCCUCGGUGGCCCCAGAGGCUGCGCAGAAGGAAGGGCUGAGCAGCGAGGCCCUCAGCAGCCCGAGCGGGGCCUCUGAGCCCGCCGCAGGGACCCCCGAUGACAAGCUGGACGCAGACUACAUUAAGAGGUACCUGGGCGACCUGACUCCGCUGCAGGAGAGCUGCCUGAUCCGGCUGCGCCAGUGGCUCCAGGAAACCCACAAGGGCAAAAUCCCCAAAGAUGAGCACAUUCUCCGGUUCUUACGCGCCCGGGACUUCAACAUCGACAAAGCCAGAGAGAUCAUGUGCCAGUCGCUGACCUGGCGCAAGCAGCACCAGGUGGACUACAUCCUGGACACCUGGAACCCGCCCCAGGUCCUGCAGGACUACUACGCGGGAGGCUGGCACCACCACGACAAAGACGGGCGGCCCCUCUACGUGAUCCGGCUGGGACAGAUGGACACCAAAGGCCUGGUGAGGGCCCUCGGGGAGGAGGCCCUGCUCAGAUACGUCCUCUCCAUCAACGAGGAAGGGCUGAGACGCUGUGAAGAAAACACCAAAGUCUUCGGCCGGCCCAUCAGCUCGUGGACCUGCCUGGUGGACCUGGAGGGGCUGAACAUGCGCCACCUGUGGAGGCCCGGCGUCAAGGCCCUGCUGCGCAUCAUCGAGGUGGUGGAGGCCAACUACCCCGAGACGCUGGGCCGCCUGCUCAUCCUGCGGGCCCCCCGGGUGUUUCCUGUGCUCUGGACGCUGGUCAGCCCGUUCAUCGACGACAACACCAGGAGGAAGUUCCUCAUCUACGCCGGGAACGACUACCAGGGCCCCGGGGGCCUGCUGGACUACAUCGACAAGGAGGUCAUCCCCGACUUCCUGGGCGGGGAGUGCAUGUGUGAAGUGCCGGAGGGCGGGCUGGUCCCCAAGUCCCUGUACCGGACCGCGGAGGAGCUGGAGAACGAAGACCUCAAGCUCUGGACCGAGACCAUCUACCAGUCCGCCAGCGUCUUCAAAGGAGCCCCGCACGAGAUCCUCGUUCAGAUCGUGGAUGCCUCUUCGGUGAUCACGUGGGAUUUUGACGUGUGCAAAGGGGACAUUGUGUUCAACAUCUACCACUCCAAGCGGUCACCACAGCCGCCCAAGAAGGACUCCCUGGGGGCGCACAGCAUCACGUCUCCCGGGGGCAACAACGUGCAGCUGAUCGACAGGGCCUGGCAGCUGGGCCGGGACUACAGCAUGGUGGAGUCGCCGCUGAUCUGCAGAGAAGGGGAGAGCGUGCAGGGCUCCCACGUGACCCGGUGGCCGGGCUUCUACAUCCUGCAGUGGAAAUUCCACAGCAUGCCCGCGUGCGCCGCCACCAACCUGCCCCGUGUGGACGACGUGCUGGCCUCCCUGCAGGUCUCCUCCCACAAGUGUAAAGUGAUGUACUACACCGAGGUGAUCGGCUCCGAGGACUUCAGAGGCUCCAUGACCAGCCUGGAGUCCAGCCACAGUGGGUUCUCCCAGCUGAGCGCCGCCACCACCUCCUCCAGCCAGUCCCACUCCAGCUCCAUGGCUUCCAGGUAGUGCCGCGCCGCCUCUCCUCGGACAGCCCAGCGCUCCACCAGCGGCCAGUGCUGAGCCUCUCGCCCCACCCUAGGUAGCAGGUAGCUCUCGUAGUCACUGAUCCCGACUCUGGACAGGUAGCUUCACUCUAACUCACCAAUAUCUAUAGGCGUUGUAUGCAGCGCGCAAGGGCUGUCGCGCAGGAGCGCAGUUCAUGUGCCAGUUAAGAGGCAGACUCUGCCUCCAAUGCAAAGGCAAAAAAUGUCUGGACCACCCUCCACACUGUCCACGCGUCCCUCCCCACCCUCCUGCGGGGAGCGGCUGCGACUUGUCCCCCCCCCGCAGCCCUCACCUCCCUGCUGCACCGGCCUGUCACGGACUGAGCGGCAGCCUGCGGCCUCCUUAGAACAGACGCCGCUUAAGCUGGAAGGACUGAGAGCCAGAUGAUCCACGGCUCUCCAGUGGGUGCUGGGUCCGGGCUCCUGUGACGCCAGGCACCCGCCAUCAUUAAACACGAUUGUCUCUCUCCUUU